UACUGGUUACUGCUGAUGUGUUGUUUUUGCCGCAGUACAUUUUAAAUAAAAAGUUAGUGAUUUUCUCGUUUGGUCAAUGGAAGGAACAAAUUGUCUUGUUAACUGCAUUUUUAAUUAAAAUCACUGGAAUGAUCAUUUGUAGGACAUAUAUUUCAGUGGUUUUACUUUUUAUGAAGAACAUCUGGAUUUGAAAGUAGAUAACGCUAGUCGCCUAUUUUUAUAACAUAUUUCAAAGCUGCGAUGUUCAUAAAACAUUUAUUUAAAUCUUUCUUUUGUGUUAUUGCUACGACUUUGGCAACAUUAAGUGAUGUUGUCAGUAUAGGAGAGGUUAUUUAUGCUAUCAAUGCCGGUGGCGAAGCACAUACCGAUGUUUUCGGUAUUAAAUAUGAAAGAGAUCCCUUGUUCGGGAAAGUUGGGACACCUUCUGAUUAUGGUAAACAGUUACUGAUAGGAAGAGUACCACAGAAUGAUCAUAUCUUGUACCAGACCGAGAGAUACCAUCACAACACCUUUGGGUAUGAUAUACCUAUUAACAAGGAUGGAGAUUAUGUCAUGGUUUUAAAAUUUUGUGAAGUAUAUUUUAAUGCUCCGAACAUGAAGGUUUUUGACAUAGUAUUGAAUGGCGAUCAUACAAUAGUUGCGGAUCUUGAUAUAUUUGAUAAAGUCGGAAGAGGCGUAGCCCACGACGAAUAUAUCAGCUUCAGUGUUCAGAAUGGGCGCCUUUAUUAUAAUGAAGAAGAAUCUGAUAUCAGAGGUGGAAAAAUUAGAGUUGAAUUUAUAAAGGGUUAUCGUGACAAUCCAAAAAUUAAUGCAAUUUAUGUAGUUAAAGGAAAAAUUGAAGAUGUUCCGAAACUUCCUCCUCUUCCUGAAGCGGAGGAGUGGAAGAAUGAAGAAAGCGAAGACAGAUCAAGCAAUAGCAAAUCGAGGAGGCCUAGCGGCCCUAAAACACCAGAUCCUUAUUCUGUCGACGAUUCAUCUUUGAUGUUACCCGUUUUUAUAGCUAUCGGUGCUUUUUUACCUCUGCUAUUUUGUAUGUGUAAACUGUGAUCGUAAUCGUUGUUAUUAUUAUUUUCAUUGUAAUAAAAACACUCGUAGGUCAUAACACUUUCAGUUUGUGAUUCUCGUACUUAUACACACACUCACACACACAUACACACAGAGGCAUGCUUCAAAGUACAAAUUGAGUGAUCUAAUUUUUAAUUAAUAAUUUGACUGUUAUUAUCACUAACAUUUUAUUUUUAUUUUUUUUUUUUGGAAACGUCAGACUUUGAAUGUAUUAUCAUGCGAUAUGUCUAUCACAUCAUUUAGAAGUAUUUAUAGUUAGAAUAUCGACUGAAAUUUAUAAGUAUUGUAUAUUUAUAAUCAUUUCGUUUGUUAUUUUAUUUAUGGAUUCAGUAUUGCUAUUAUUUUUUUAUUACUUGUUUUGUCCGUUUAAAUCUUAUUUAUUUUUAUGUUACCACUUAUUAUAUAAAAAUUAUAUAUUUAUAUUUAUAUAAAUAGGAUCCUAUAUGUGGGUUUGAAAGUAUUCA